AUGGUAUCACUCAGAAGCCUAAGAGAUGUGAACCUGGAUCGACGCGACACCUAUGCUCGUCAUAGUUGGGGGAAUGGUCUCCAGACUGCGUUUCCCAAAGGGCCUGUUACCUUGCGCAUUGCUCUUGCCGUCAUGUUCAAAGUUCGACCUCCGCCAAAGACAUCAGAUUCUGGGCUUGCCAGAUCUACAAGAAGAGCAGAAGCCCGUUCGAAUCCGUCGUUCGUCGUUGCGCUGUCAGGACUCUGA